AUGUCGCUGGUGAUGUCUGUUUCGAGCUGCUUGAUCUCCAAAGCGAACUCCUUACCCUUGGUCACGUUGAAAGUGAACACCUUAGACUGUAGAAUCAGCUUUCUCUUCUUCAACUCGGCAAUAUCUUUCUUGUUGGCGAGACUUCCAGUUUUCUCAAUCUCCUUGAGCUGUUCCGCGGUGGUGUCUUCGACCUGGGAGUCCUUGGAAAGCUUGGUGACCAACUUGUCGCCGUCUUUUCCUAUCCACCCAUUCUUGAAAGCUCUGCCCUGGGCGACCUUUCCGUUGGAACCCAUCACCCCGUCAACCUCCGAGAUCUUCAGCCCUUCCAGCGACUCGGUCACCUUCUGCAGAAGUCUGUAUUCAUGGGAUCCGUUCGCAACGAUAUCCUUGGCCUCGUCGGUCAGAGUCCACUUGUCGGUUUCCUUUGUCUUGAACUCCACCAUAUUUUUGGCUGCCAACGACGUCACAGCGGCCUGA